AACCCCCUCUCCCUUCCUCGUUUUCCCAUUCUUCCGCCACCCUAGCGUAUCGUUUCUUCUUUUAAUUUUUUCGUCAUUAUUAUUAAAACAAUUUUCACUAUUACUGUUAUUUUUUUCUCUCUUUCGAAAAACCCGAUUGCUUCAUCGUCGGAUCUGAAAAAAGCCCUCAGCGAUUUCGAUCUCGCGCAACAGAUCCGACACCGUCAAACUUCGGAUUCAGUUUUAACACUGUUGUUGCGCCCUAAAUCUCACGAUAUUUCGAAGGACCCAAAUUGGAACCCUAAUUUUAAUCACUUCACCCUAAAACUUUUCCGCUGUUUCGAUCGCGAUUCCGCUCGUUUGUUUGUUUGUCGUUUUGCUCUGCUUUCUAUGGUUUUUGGAUCGUUAUUUGAUUGUGAGAAUUUGAAAGGAUUGGAAAAGAUGGGAAAGGAGGUUGAGGAUGUGGAAGAGGGUGAGAUUUCGGAUACUGCUUCGGUGGAAGAGAUUACGGAGGAGGAUUUCAAUAAGCAAGAUGUUAAGGUGAAUAAUAACAACAAUAAGCCCAAUGGAAGUGAUGCUAGGGUUUGGGCUGUUCACGAUCUUUACUCAAAGUACCCUACUAUAUGUCGCGGUUAUGCUUCGGGUUUGUAUAACCUCGCUUGGGCACAAGCCGUGCAGAACAAGCCUUUGAAUGAUAUUUUUGUGAUGGAACUAGAUUCUGAUGGUAAUGCUAAUAGUAACAGCAACAACUCCAAUCGACCGAGUUCUGGUUCUGUGAAUUCGAAGGAGGUGGUGAUGGUGGAUGUGGAUAAAGAAGAAGGGGAGUUGGAGGAGGGUGAGAUUGAUGCCGACGCUGACCCCGAAGCAGAAGGAGAAACUGUUGUUGUGUCUGCUUCUGAGACCGUUGCUGAUUCUGAGCAGCUUGGUUUGAGGGAUGUUCUGGAGGGUGUUACCGUUGCUAAUGUGGCGGAGUCGUUUCCUCAAGCUUGCUACAGGCUGCAGAAUGCCCUUCCUCAGGUGUCCUCUAGACCUGCUGAUCCUGAGAAGGAUGGUCUUGUUCGAUUGUCGUUUAAUGCAAUUGAAGUGGUUUAUUCUGUGUUCUGCUCUAUGGAAACAUCGGAGAAGGAACAAAACAAGGAUAACAUACUAAGAUUACUUUCUUUUGUGAAGGAUCAACAACAGGCUCAAUUGUUUUCUCCAGAGCAUAUCAAAGAGAUUCAGGGCAUGAUGAUUGCAAUUGAUUCUGUUGGUGCUUUAAGCAAUAGAGGGGCUAUUGGCAAGGAGAAAGAAUUGGAGACCCACGAUAUAAAGAUGGAAGAUCCAUCUGUAGAAGUUGCUGAAUUGAUUUCUUCUAGUAAGCAUUUGCAUACUGACACAAUUGGGGCAUUACAAGUUUCAAAAUUUGGACAGAAUAGUAUCAAGGGUAGAGGGAUUCUGCUCCCUCUGUUAGACCUUCACAAGGAUCAUGAUGCAGAUAGUUUACCAUCACCAACCCGAGAAGCACCGUCCUGCUUCCCUGUUAAUAAAUUACUUUCUACAGGAGAAUCUUUGGUUAUUAAAUCUGGGUCACCUACUCCCAUUACGGUGGCUGAGAAGAUGGAACUUGGCAGUGAAGAUUCUAAACUUCAUCACUAUGAAACUGACGCUUUUAAAGCUGUUUCCACAUAUCAGCAGAAGUUUGGUCGAAGUUCUCUUUUUACAAAUGAUAAACUUCCAAGUCCAACUCCUUCAGGUGAUUGUGAGGAUGAGGUUGUUGAUACAAACGAGGAAAUCUCUAGUGCAUCUACCAGUGGUUUUUUAACAAGCACCAAACCAAUCCUUUUGGAUCAUCAGGCUGUUUCUGCUACUUCCAUGGAUAGGUCCGGCCUGCAAGGAUUGAUUAGUUCUAGAGUUGACACAGCAGGUCAUGGGUCUUACCCAGUGAAAAGCUCUUCGAAGAGUAGAGAUCCUAGGCUUCGUUUCAUUAAUUCUGAUGCAACUGCCGUGGAUAACCAAUCUACAAUCAUACCUAAUAUGCCUAAAGUGGAAUAUGCUGGAGCGAUAAUCUCAAGGAAGCAAAAGGCUGCUGAAGAGCCUUCUUUGGAUGUUACUGUAUCAAAAAGACAAAAAAGUUCAUUGGAAAAUGCUGAACAUAAUAUGAGCGAAGUGAGAACUGCAGCUGGAAGUGGUGGUUGGUUGGAAGAGAUUACUGGGCCUGGAGCUCAGUUGAUAGAGAGAAAUCAUUUAAUGGACAAAUUUGGACCUGAACCCAGAAAGACUUUGAAUACAGUCAGUAGUUCCUGUGAUGGUUCUGCUAAUUUCAAUGCAACAAGCAUUAGAAAUGAGCAGGCACCAGUUACAAGUAAUAAUGUGACAGCUUCCUUACCUGCUCUUUUGAAAGAUAUAGCUGUAAAUCCAACCAUGUUGCUAAACAUACUUAGAGAGCAACAACUGAGAUUAGCUGAAGCCAAAAAGAAAUCUGCCGAUUCUGCUACAAAUGUGCUGCAUCUAACAAGCUUGAAUUCGACAAUGGGAACAGAUUCAACUGUGAGUAUUGGUUCAUCAAUGACCACUGGUGUUCUUCAUAGUUCUGUCGGAAUGCAUCCGGUUUCAUCACAAUCAACUUCCACGGCACACAGCCUACAAGAUGAUUCAGGAAAGAUUCGCAUGAAACCCCGUGAUCCACGGCGCAUUCUCCACAGUAAUAAUGCCACUCAGAAGAGUGGUUGCUUGGGGAACGAGCAAUUCAAAGUCACAGUAUCCCCUGCUUCAAACAACCAGGGAACUGGUGACAACAUCAAAGUCCCGAAGCUUGAGGGUAGGGUGGACACAAAAUUGGUGACUAGUCAAUCAAGUGCAGCACCUGAUAUUGCUCGACAGUUCACCAAGAAUCUGAAAAACAUUGCUGAUAUUAUGUCUGUUUCCCAAGAAUCAUCAAAUCAUUCUCCUGCUGCUCAAAAUUUUUCUUCUGCAUCUGUUCCCCUUACUUUAGAUAGAGGGGAACAGAAACCUGUUGUGUCAAACUCUCAGAACCUGCAGGCUGGUGUAGGAUCAGCUAAUGAAACUGGUGCAUCAGGUGCCUCUCGAUCCCAGAGUACAUGGGGGGAUGUUGAACAUCUUUUCGAUGGUUAUGAUGAGCAGCAGAAGGCUGCUAUACAGAGAGAGAGGGCGAGGAGGAUUGAUGAACAGAAUAAAAUGUUUGCUGCUCGGAAAUUGUGCCUUGUAUUGGACCUAGAUCACACAUUACUUAAUUCUGCUAAGUUUGUGGAAGUUGAUCCUGUGCAUGAGGAGAUAUUGAGAAAGAAAGAAGAACAGGACCGUGAGAAGCCUCACAGACAUCUUUUUCGCUUUCCUCAUAUGGGAAUGUGGACUAAACUCAGACCAGGAAUCUGGAACUUUUUGGAGAAGGCUAGUAAGCUUUAUGAGCUGCAUCUUUACACUAUGGGAAACAAGCUAUAUGCGACAGAAAUGGCAAAGGUGCUUGAUCCAAAGGGGGUUUUGUUUGCUGGUAGAGUUAUUUCUAGAGGCGAUGAUACUGAUUCAGGUGAUGGUGAUGAGAGGGUUCCCAAAAGCAAAGAUUUAGAAGGCGUUUUGGGUAUGGAAUCAUCUGUUGUAAUUAUAGAUGAUUCUGUGAGGGUCUGGCCUCAUAACAAAUUGAACCUGAUAGUGGUGGAAAGGUAUACAUACUUCCCCUGUAGUAGACGUCAGUUUGGACUUCUUGGUCCUUCCCUUCUCGAGAUUGAUCAUGAUGAGAGACCCGAAGCUGGAACUCUGGCAUCCUCUUUGGCGGUUAUUGAGAGAAUACACCAAAAUUUUUUCGCUUCUCAAUCCUUAGAAGACGUGGAUGUCAGAAAUAUACUAGCAUCAGAGCAGAGAAAAAUCUUAGCUGGUUGUCGUAUAGUAUUUAGUAGGGUGUUUCCAACAAGUUUACAAAAUCCUCACCUUCACCCGUUGUGGCAGACAGCUGAACAGUUCGGUGCUGUUUGCACCGCCAAUAUUGAUGACCAGGUUACUCAUGUAGUUGCACAUUGCCUUGGGACUGAUAAGGUAAAUUGGGCUCUUUCCACAGGAAGAUUUGUUGUCCAUCCUGGCUGGGUGGAAGCAUCAGCAUUGCUUUAUAGGAGGGCGAAUGAGCAAGAUUUUGCCAUUAAACCAUAAAAAACUGACCUAAAUCUCUUCCAUAAACUAAAAUAUGUGAAAACAUAAUCAAGAAUCACAUUGAUUUUGGGGGUGUGAAAUCAUUAGAUCGAAACGGGUCAGCUGAGUAUAGUUUUAAUUCAUGAUGAUUCUGUCCAUUGGAGAUGGUGAUUGGUGGGUGUAUGUAAUUUUACUAAGAUGACUGGCCAGUUGUUGAGGAGUUGAAUGGAGGACAAUAUGAGUGCCCUUUGGACAAGGGUUCGAUGCUGCAGGGCCUGACAGAAUUGGUUGAUUGCUUUAGGGACUAGGUGAGUGAUAUUGUGGGGGUGGCUUUUGUGAGUUGCUCCCAGUAAAUUUUGCCUGACAUGGUUUUGAGAGUGAUAUUAUUUCUGUUGCUGACAAUGGAAAGCAAAAAUACCUCGGCAUUUAGAAAGUUAAAAUGUGGAGGAACUCAGCUUGAGGGAGGUUGACUGAUCCAUAUUGGGAGGGGUGAUAAAAAUUCUUUUGUUAGAGAGAACUCGAGUGUAAGGAGAAGGGGGUUCUAGAACAGUCAGUCAGGAUUUUUUGGAAAUGGAUUCGUGGCCCAGCAAAAUGGAUUUCUGAUAACUAAAUUUGUAUAUCAAUGCGUCACUGCAAAGCAUGAGGGGCUUAAAUUAACCAAGCAUUCACUACUCCCUCUCCCCAAAACAAUGAAAGCUUGGCAGGGAGGGGGAAGAAUACAAAACGAAAGCAAGCAUGUCUAAGUCUAACCAUGAUUUAUGGUCGGGUCCUUUUACCCUUUUGGUUGCUUCUGCCAUCAAUUUAUGCGGAUUGCAUUGCUUUACAAAUUACAACAACACAAUAGGAAAAUCUUAAGAAUUUGCAAAAUUGGCAAUCUAAUUCGUGAGGUCAUUUUUACAGACAAAAGCCUUCUCGGCCAAUAUAGUAAGAGGAAAAAAAUGUUUUACUAUAUACCCAAUAAUAAUGUCAAAAUAUUGUUGUGCAGCAUACUGAAAAAGGACCACAGAAAUUAUACCCUCGUGUAGUCGUGUCUGUUUAAUUUUGGCAACAUUAAUGAACCCUUGUUUGCUGUCUGGGUCUCGUAGCUGGCAUGUUCAUGCCGCUGAAAUGAGUAGUAUCUUAUUGGUUGACGUUUUUAUAGAGAAAAACUAUCAUUGUUUACUAAUAAACCAAAAGGUGUAGUUUUUGUUUAUUCCACA